ACCCGCUGCUGCUGCUUCAGUCCGCUCUGUUGUUCCCGUCGAGCAGGAGGUCACUCAGUCCGCCCCGCAGUCCGCACACAGCGCACAGGACCCGCAACCCGACCCGCAACCGGACCCGCAACAAAACGACUUCUCUCCGUAGUUGUGCGCAAAACCCGCAUUCAGCAUCAUGGGGAAAGGCUGCCUGACAGCGACCAAGUACUUCCUGUUCCUCUUCAACCUCAUCUUCUUUCUGUGCGGGGCCGUCAUCAUGGGCUUCGGACUGUGGCUCCUCCUGGACAAUCAGAGCUUCAUCGUGGUCCUCAAUAACUUAACGACUGUAAAGGUCGCCUGCUACAUCCUGAUUGGAGUCGGGGCUUUCUCCAUGCUCAUGGGCUUCCUCGGCUGCCUGGGGGCCAUCUAUGAGAUCCGCUGUCUGCUCGGCCUGUACUUCACCUGCCUCCUGGUGAUCCUCAUCGCUCAGAUCACAGCCGGCGCUCUCAUCUACUUCCAGAAGGACGUGCUGCACGAAGAGACGUCCAAGAUCGUCGCCAAGGUUCUGGACAACUACACCGGCAACAACUCGACCACAGAGCAGACCUGGGACUUCAUCCAGAGGAAUAUGGAGUGCUGUGGCUGGACCGGUCGUGCCGACUGGAAAGAUAACGCGAUCGUCAUCAACAGCAGCAUGCAGCUGUUUCCCUGCUCCUGCCAGAAUGUCUCGGUCGCCACCGGGAACUUCUCCGACAGCGGAUUCUGCGAGGCUGAGACGCCCGUUUACGAUGUGGGUUGCGCUGACAGCGUGGAGCGUUGGAUCCUCACCAACAUCGGGGUCGUCCUCGGUAUCUGUCUCGGAGUGGCUGUGAUUGAGCUGCUGGGGAUGAUUCUGUCGAUCUGUCUGUGUAAGAACAUCCAUACGGAGGAUUACACCAAAGUGCCGAAGUACUGAAGCCGAUCGGAGGAAGUUAAACCGAACCAACGAGAGGGAAAACAUAAAAUAAUGCAUUUAUUUUCUCCACCUUAUAUCUGGUGAAACAUUUUGUCCAAAUGUAAAAUAAUGUGUUUGCUUUAUAUUUUAUUUGAUUUUUCUUCUGGUUUUUUUUUAAAGUCCGGUUUCUUUCGAGCACUUUAGAGACUUUAGAGUGAAAUAAUAAUUGAUGAGGAUAAAUUAAAGGUCGGCGCUCUCGGGCUUCAGAUUCCCUUUUAAAGAGAAAUCCUGUUUAUUGUCUGAGAGUUCGAGAGAUUCGGGGCGACGGCUGAUUCGGAACAACUGGAAACAAAAAAGUUAGUUUUUAUUUUUCUACGCCAGCGUUUUUUGAGUUAUUGUGAAAUGUUUUUAGUACUUUUGUAUAUAAUUUUAGUCUUUUUAUUUGUGUGAAUCCCCAAAAAGUACUGCCAGCUGGUCUCUCCUUUGGAUUUAUAAAAGUUUGUUUUAUGUUAUUCUAUAAUAAUAAUAAUCCGAUACUAAAGAGGAAACAGGAUAUUGAACAGUAUCACUCCCAGUUUACGAUUAUCUGUGACGACAAGCAGAAACUUUUUUUUAAAGUUAGCUUUAAGUUGGUUUAUAUAAGGCCCGUAUUCUACCCACGUUAACAUAAAACGAGUGUUUGAGGAGUGAAAUGUUUCUUUUAACCACUUUUUUAAAAAUAUAUGAACUUUAAAAAUACAGCAGGAGAAAUAUUUUCCAUCUUGAAACUUUUGAAAUUUGUUUAUACAGAAAAAAACAUUUUUAAAUUGAUUUAUGUACAAUUUGAUGUUGUUUUUAUAAUGUACAAAUCCUCCUUCCUGUUGUUUUUCAUGUACAGUCUGUAUGAAAACCAUUCCAUUAACCUUUAUAAUAGUUUCUAAGACAAAGAGGGUACGUAUGUUUAUAACUAGAUGGACUUCUGGUAGCUAGCUGGAUUAGUAAGUGUGUACUCACACCAUUCAUUAUAUUCCAUUUUGCCAAUAAACUGAUUACAGUUG